AUGUGCAACUGUCUCAGAUGUUCGGGGAAAUUGCAUCCAGCUGGCGCUGUUACUGAUUUUGGUAGCAUCCAGCUGGCGCUGUUACUGAUUUUGGUAGCUUUGAAGGUUGUCAAAGGCAAUGGCCCGGUGACUGAGGGACAAUGGAGACAUGUUAAGAGCCCACAAUUGAGACCUCACAGCGUCUCCAUAUUGGAGUUUGGGGCAGUUGGAGAUGGGCAGACAGUGAACACAGUUGCGUUUCAGAAUGCCAUCUUCUAUCUUAGGUCAUUUGCAGACAAAGGUGGUGCUCAGCUCUACAUUCCUGAAGGGAGAUGGUUAACUGGAAGCUUCAACCUCACCAGCCACCUCACCCUUUUUUUGGAAAAAAAUGCUGUCAUCAUUGGAAGUCUGGUGAGCUACAUUCCCUGUUAUUUUUUUUUGAAAAUGACUCGAAAUUCGUCGGUGUUCAAUUCUCCCCAGUUAUGUAAGAACCUCAAGUUAUUCAAUGGAAACAACCCAUUAGUUAACAUUAUUUUAUUUAUAUAAAGAUGCGUGUAAAAACAGUGAGAUAUUUCCCCUUUUUUGAGCCAAUUUACAGAGCUGUGUAUUAUCCUGGUACCCAAUGGGAGCAACCUCUUCACGUAAUAAGACGUCGAACACAUGAAAUGUGGAACAUCGUCACAGAGCAGAUGGACGCUUUACUUAGAAAAGACAACUCGAGAAUGUUAUCACUUGUUUAAGUGACUCAAAAGGCACAUUCUUGAUAUUUUCCUUUUUCAAGAAAAGAUAUUAAAUAACACCUUCCUAGGUGGAUUAAGAAAUGGAACUUUCAGUGAGGGCAAUGAAUGUGAAAAUUAACAUAUUGAAAAAAUAAGCAGAUUGCGGAAUCUUUUCUUUCUCUUUCCUUUUUCUUUAUCACUGGAUCCUCGCCUGGGGGAGCUUAUUAUCAGAUUAUUUUGGUCAUGCAUGAAAUAUCAUCACUUGAGUUCGGAUAUUGCAGAUUUAUUAAUUUGUUUCUAAUUGUGACAGGAUCCAUCCUUUUGGCCUGUAAUUGAGCCCUUGCCCUCUUAUGGUCAAGGUGUAGAUCUCCCUGGUGGAAGGCAUCGAAGCUUGAUAAGUGGCCAUAACUUGACAGACGUGGUGAUAACAGGCACUGAAUUUUACUGCCACUCUUCUUCGUUUUUUUCAUUUAUCCUGUUACCAGAACUGUUUUUACCAUCCUUCCAUAUGGGACUCUGACACUCUGCUCACAUUUCUGCUACAGGUCAAAAUGGAUCCAUCAACGGUCAGGGUUCAGUUUGGUGGGACUGGCUCGUUUCUCACUCCCUAAACUAUAGUCGACCACACCUCUUGGAACUUGUGAACUGCAACGAUGUCACGAUUUCGAACUUGACUCUACUCAAUUCUCCUGCGUGGCAUGUUCACCCGGUCUACAGUAGGUGGGUAGGUCAAACCCAGUUGGCUUGGGGGAUAUGUCUGAUGGGUUUUCCCUUUCUUGAGAACUUGCACUAAAUUCUUCUGUCCUCUUCUUUCAGCAACGUGCACAUUCAGAAUAUAACAAUAUAUUCUCCGCCAGACCACUCUUUGACAAAUGGUAUAGUUCCAGGUUAGUGAGAUUCCUUCUAAUCUUCCUCUGUAAAAUAGCAUCUGAGCAUUCAACAAUCCAAGCGUACUACUUUCUGCUUUAAAAUAGUAUCAGCGUCUUAGAUCUAAGAGCCCUUACCCUGCUUCUGCACAUUGUAUGCGGAUUAUGAUUUUGAUUUUGAUUAAUGUUCUUCUUGUGGAUAGGAUUAUGAUUUAACUUUUUGUAAGACCAUGCCACUACUGAACCUUAAUCCCAGGUUGAGCCAUAAUCUAUCUAGGGUUUCAAAUUGUUGAACCAAGCUAUCAUCUUCCGCACACAGGCCAGAUUCAUGGAUACCAUGACCUAUAUGAAAAACUUGCGGGUACUUUUGGUUCCAGACACCUAGAGACGACGUACUCUAUUAUUUGUGGGCCUUUCUAGGAGGAAUUUACGAUUCUGCUUGUUCCCUUUCAAGCCCGGAAUGAAAGAUCUUCCUAUUUUUAUCAUGAAAUAAAAGGGCUAUUCUUGUCGUGAAAUAUCUUGCUAUUUUUCUUCAGAUUCAUCCUCCGACGUGUGGAUUGAGGACUGCACAAUUACCGUAGGACACGAUGCCAUUGCUUUGAAGAGCGGCUGGGAUGAGUAUGGCCUCUCUUAUGGUAAGCCCGUCUCUAAUGUCCACAUCAAGAGGGUCCACCUGCGGACCUCCCUCGGAUCUGCCCUUGCAUUCGGCAGUGAGAUGUCCGGCGGCGUCACGGACAUACACGCCGAGCACAUCCACAUCCGUGAUUCCUUCACCGCCAUACAGCUGAAGACUACCCCGGGCAGAGGUGGCUACAUGAAAGACAUCAUCAUCUCCGACGUCGACAUGGUGAACGUGCACACUGCAAUUCACUUCUCCGGCCAGUGUGGAGCACACCCAGGUGAUCACUUCGACCCAGAUGCCGUCCCGGCCGUUCACGGGGUGACCCUCAAAAACAUUGUCGGCGAGGGCGUAUACAUGGCUGGAAACCUCUCGGGGAUAGACCACGACCCCUUCACAGAGAUCUGCCUCUCGGAUAUCUCCUUCUCCGUGACCUCCACAGUCCCUUGGACCUGCUCCCAUGUGCACGGUUCUUCUCAGUCGGUUUCCCCUCAGCCCUGCCCUGAGCUCCGAGACCCAUACUCAAACUCCUCAGCCAUCUGCUUCGGCGACGUUGCAGCAGCCUAG